AUGUCGGAGCUGGAACCUCCACGGAAGAGCGUGGAGCUGCAGGAUGCUGGUGCACAUGAGCUAGAGUCUUCAGAAGGAGAGGACCAUUUCUCUGAUGCCUCGGAGGGCCACAAGUCGACCGCAGACCGGUCCUCAGCAGCCUCACCUGUGCCCUUGACCCGCGUGGAAAAGAUUGAUGAUCAGCCCAGCUAUGGAGAGGUCCCGGGCACGCCGGCAUAUAAGAUGAGGAUGCAGGAUGCAGUGCCGGAUGAGGUGGAGAUUGUUCCAGAGGGUGGUCGCAGCAGAAGCACGUCUAGGCUGAGCGCAUCAGACCGGCCUACCACUCCGCUGUCCCCCGGCGGCACACCCAUUCCUAAGACGGUCGUCGAAAAGGUGGAUGAUGAGCCGAGCUACGGCGAGGUUCCCGGUACUGUCGCAUACGAAAGCCACCAGGCCGACGCCGUCCCUGAUCUCAUCCUCAAGGCUCCAGAACCGCCCAAAGACGACGUUCCCGCCGCUACCACCACCGCCGACGAUGACAAACCGGAGGAGGAUAUCGGAAUGCCGCAAGUUUCGGAUCCAGCUCAAGAAACAACACCUGCGGAUGACAAUCAUGAAUUCGGCGAUGACUUUGACGACUUUGAGGAGGGCGGGGAGGAGGACUUCGGAGACGAUUUUGGUGAUUUCGAUGAUGGCUUCCAGAACGCGGAAGAUGAAACCGCCAAUACUUUUGAAGAGUCUGCCCCUCUGCCUCCUGUACCCGACCCCCUACCUUCACUUCCAAUUCCCAGCUUCGAUGACCUCGGCAGCCUGGCCGACAUUGUGAGUGCCAGCCAGCCUUUGGUGGACAAGGUGUUCGAGCCUUCGUUCGUCGACCGCCCAACCAUAGAGCAAGAGGUCAACCCUUCCCUACUAUCGGAGAGGAGCUUGUCUUUAUGGGCUCAAUUAGUAGCCCCGCCGCCGCUUCAACCUCCGAACUGGGUUCGCUCCCGCAUUAGGCGGCUGUUCCUCGUUUCUCUAGGAGUGCCAGUCGAUCUCGAUGAAAUCCUCCCUGCCAGCAAACAGAAGAAGUUGGUGUUGCCCUCCGUCAACAUUCCGGGGGAGCGUUCUCCACGAGUGUCGUCUGAUGAGCGCGCAAAUGGCACUGUGUCCCGGCUAAAGAAAGAGGGCAACGAUUCGUCGACGUCGGUCAACUCGUCUUCGUCGAAGACGGAGCGGAAAAGGCGCGGACCGCCUCCUCCACCGGAGUUCGACAUCACAGCCGUCACCAUGCUCUGCUCCACUACGGAUGCGGCACUCCAAAAUUUCACAGCCGAGGAGCUCGAGGCGCACGUCAAGAGGCUUCAAGAACUGCAGAGACGAGCGAACGAGGUCUUGGACUACUGGGUCAAGCGCAAAGAAAGCGCUGUCGGAGACAAGGAGGCAUUCGAGGGUGUCAUUGAGAAUCUCGUGAAGCACGCCAAGAAAGUGAGGAAAUGA